AUGGUAAAGGAGAACUGUACAAUAGUGAUGGAGUUUAUUCUCCUGGGACUGACAAAUCAAGCUGAGUUGCAGCCUGUCCUUUUUGUGGUUUUGCUAGUCAUCUACCUGGUCACAGUCGUCGGCAAUGUGAGCCUGAUUUUGUUAAUCAGAAGUGACUCCAAACUUCACACGCCAAUGUACUUCUUCCUCAGCCACCUGUCCUUUGUAGAUCUCUGUUAUGCCACCACUGUCACUCCUCAGAUGCUGGUUAACCUCUUAUCCAAGAGAAAAACUAUUUCCUUCCUUGGUUGCGUUAUACAGUUCCAAUUUUUCAUUUCCUUGGGGAUCACAGAUUGUUAUAUGCUCACAGUGAUGGCUUAUGACCGCUACAUGGCCAUCUGCAAACCCUUGUUAUAUGCCAGCAAAAUGUCCCGCUGUGUCUGCCUCUCUCUUGUUGCUACUCCUUAUAUUUAUGGUUUUGCAAAUGGCCUAGCACAGACCAUCCUGAUGUUCCGUCUCUCCUUCUGUGGACCCAACAAAAUCAACCACUUUUACUGUGCAGACCCACCCCUCUUAGUCCUGGCCUGCUCAGAUACCUAUGCCAAGGAGACUGCCAUGUUCGUGGUGGCUGGUUUCAACCUCACGUGUUCUCUCACCAUCAUCCUCAUCUCCUACAUUUUCAUUUUCAUGGCCAUUCUGCGUAUGUGCUCUGCAGAGGGGAGGCGCAGGGCCUUCUCCACCUGUGGGUCCCAUCUGAUGGCUGUCACUGUCUUUUAUGGGACACUGUUCUGCAUGCAUCUGAGGCCCCCGUCUGAGGCAUCUGUAGCACAGGGCAAAAUCGUAGCUGUUUUUUAUAUCUUUGUGAGUCCUAUGUUAAACCCUUUGAUCUACAGCCUUCGGAACAAAGAUGUUAAAAGAGCAAUACGGAAAAUAAUUCAAGAGAAAUUGUCAAAUAAGGUAGACAUUUUGUUCAUAGCUAUGUAA